AUGUUUACAGCAGAUAAAAUUGAUGAUAAAGGUCUUUGGUUAGGUGAUAUAACUGCAUCAGAAAAUAUUCAAAUUCUUGAUGAUCAUCAAAUUUCUCAUAUUUUAACAAUUCUUGAUUAUGAACCAACUCAUAUCGAUAAAAAUCGAACACAUUUAUAUAUUCAUGCUGACGAUUUGCAAUCAACAGAUUUAUUAACACAUGAAUUUGAAAAAUGUUUUCAAUUUAUUAAUAAAGCUAUAGAACAAGGUCAUCAAGUAUUGAUUCAUUGUCAAAAAGGUAUAUCACGUUCAGCAACAAUAGCUACUAUGUAUUUAAUGCGUAAAUAUUCUUUAACACGUGAACAAGCACUUGAAAAAAUAAUUAAUAAACGACGUUAUUCACCUGUUAUACCAAAUGAUGGAUUUCUACGACAACUUGAUUUAUAUCAUCAGAUGAAUUAUAAAGUUGAUAUGGAAAAUGAACUUUAUAAAGAGUUUCAACGUAAACUUUUUGAUACAAUUGAAUCAAAAUCAACAAUGGACAAUAACACAACUAUAUUAUUAAAUAAUGAAAAUGAACAAGAAUACAAAUGUCGAACUUGUCAUUAUAAAUUAUUUACUAAUAAUGAUAUACAAAGACAUGAAAAAGAACCGACUAUUAUAUGUAAUGAUGAUAGUCGAAUUUUCACUUUUUUUCUUGAUUGGAUUGAUGAAAUCUUUAUUAAUCCUAUUGGUACAAUAGGUUGUCCAAAUUGUAAAAUUAUUUUAGGUGAAUAUUCACUUUCAGAGAAAAAAUUUGAGAUUAAGAAAUGA